CCCAAGUCUGGUCUCAUCACUUUCUUUUAUUCCCGAUCCUGGUUACUUUUACUCCAUUCAUAUUUUCUUUCUCAUCCAAGCACGUAGAAAUUCAUUAAGUCUUCGAACAUAUUGCGCUUUUCUGUGCUGAAUUUGGUGUUUUCUUGGGGUUUCUAUCAGUCGGUUUGUAAUGGUGAAAUCGAGUGAAAAUGGGGUUUCUAUACCGCCUUUUCUGUUGAAGUGUUAUGAGAUGGUGGAUGAUCAGUCAACGGACGCUUUGAUUUCUUGGAGUAAUACUAAUGACAGCUUUAUCAUUUGGGAUGAUACUGGGUUUUCGACCGAAUUGCUUCCCAAGUACUUCAAGCACAACAACUUUUCCAGCUUCAUUAGGCAACUCAAUAUCUAUGUGAGCUUCUUUACCUUUAUUGCAAUCUGUUAUCUGGGAAGUCUUUUAUAUAUAAUCAGUGCAUUGUAUUGUGUUGGGAUUGAUGUAGUUCUUGAUCGCUGGGAAUUUUCAAAUGAUGGAUUUAUCAAGGGCCAGAAGCAAUUGUUGAAGAAUAUCAGCAGAAGAAAACAGUCUCAGGGCGUGGUUCAGCGAAAUUCUUCCCAGCAAAAAGACAAAGAUGUUGGAACAAGUGAAGAAAAUAAAACUGUUGGACUGUGGAAGGAAGUUGAAAGUCUUAAGACUGAUAGGAACGCGCUCACGCAGGAGCUAGUUAAACUGAGGCAGCAUCAGCAGACCUCACGGAGUAAGUUAUUGCUCCUGAGAGAACAACUGCAAGGUAUGGAGAAAAAUCAGCAGCAGAUGCUCUCAUUCAUAGUGAUGGCCAUGCAAAGCCCUGGGUUUUUUGUUAAGUUGUUGCAGCCAAAAGAAAAUAACUGGUGUAUGCCUGAACCUGGUAAGAAUGUACUGAAGCAAGUUGCAGAUCAUCAUGAACCACUACAUUCUGAGGGGAUGAUCGUAAGGUAUCAACCGAUGGACGAAUCUUCCGAGCCUCUACCCACACCGACUGCAAAUCCUGAAGAAUCUCUGGUGUUGAAUCUUUCUUCUGAUGAAGUGAAAGAUCUCUUUAUGAACAUUGAUUUCAUGUCAGAGCCUUUGGAUGAAAAAAAAAUUUCUUCGGAAAAUCAUGGCCCACUCAUUCUUCCGGAUCUACCUGAUGACUAUAGUAUGUUGGAACAGCUGCUUCUAUCUAGUCCAUCUUCAGAGCAUGAUGAAGAUGCUGAGCUUGAUCCUGAGGACCGCGCCUACUCUGGAAUGGAUCUGGAGUCAACAUGGUGUGGAACCCAGCUGGAGAAUUCUAAUACGCAAAAAAUUAUGAAGGAAGGAUUGGAGAAAUCUCAGAGUAUGAAGAUGGAUACAAUAGCGCUUGAAGGCCGGCCUGAUUGCCCUCAAAAUGUGGAAAUUUUAACUGAACAAAUGGGGCUUUUAGCUUCUGAAAGAGGCCACAAGCAUUAAAAUGUCUAUCGUAUCGCUGCAGAUGUGGCUACUAGUAAAUCUCCUGAAGCUCUAGUACUUUAAAGCAUAACUUAUUCUGGAUGCACCUUGUUCACUCCAUCUAUUCGUUUUUCAUCCACACAUGUAAGUGGGUUCAAUUUUCUCCAUUCCAAAAUGCAUGCAAACUAUUCUGCAAGUUACAAAAAAGGAUGGUUGGUGUCUGCGUCACUUGCAGAUAUUGGCAAGAUGGCAUCAUCUUUUCACUACAACUUGUAGGAGGAUUGGGUAGUGGUUUUGUUAUACAACCCUCUCAAGAUAAAAGGAAUGACAUAUUACGCUAGUAUUGGCAAAUUUUCUCAAAAUCUUGUUACCUUACUCUUUAGUCUGUUAGUAUACUGGAAACAUACCAUAUUACAUGCUAGUGAGGUUAAUGUUUCCUGCUCUGAUUUCUCAAUGCUCUGUUUUGCUGCUAGCAUUUCAGCUUUCUCACAGGAAUACGAUUUAGCUGCGGGCGAGUGAUCUUGUCUUUGGUUUAGCAGUAAUUGCUGUGGAAUGUAUAACAUUUAAA